CAUUAAUCCCAGUCACCUCAACUUCCUGAACUCUGAUUGUGAAAUCGCGGCUUUUGGAAUGCUGAAGCUUGCAGUCCAAAUCACUUCACUUGGUACACAGGUCUCUUCAAUUCCGUAAACCCGUGCCCCGACGCGCAAGUGUCUCUUUCCCAAAGUUCCGAGAAUGACCCCCUCUCUGUGCACAUGUCCCCAAUGAAUAUUCGACUGUUGAAUAGAGUCGGAUCUUCUUGGUUCUGGUACUCGGCGGCCGCCAUUGCUCUGGAGGAGCCCUCCUACAAUGUGUUCAAAUGUUGUGAGAUGCGGGUCAACUCUGGAAGUGACACUCUGCCAACGGCGCCCGAACGUUCGGAUGAAUUGCUAUGUUGAAGAUGAGGACCAAAUCUCUUACAGUUUUCACAAUGACAACCUGUGAUUGGUAUUUUCGGGCCGACUUUUUUGCGACAGAGUUUAAAAGCGAGGUCUCUCGUUGGAUCGACAUUAGCCCUCCUACAGAGUUAAGCUAGCAAUGGUUUCCUUCACUUCCCUCUUCGUUGCCACAGUCGCUGCUGCAGGUGCUUUAGCCGCACCCGCAACCAACAUGACCAUCGAAGCCACAGUUCCUUCUCUCGUUGAGCGUGGCGGAACCCCCAGCUCCACGGGAACUAACAACGGUUACUACUACUCGUGGUGGACCGACGGUGCUGCUCAGGCCACCUACACUAACAACGGUGGUGGUUCUUAUAGUCUUAGUUGGUCUGGUAACAACGGCAAUCUUGUCGGUGGAAAGGGAUGGAACCCUGGAAGCUCCUCUAGGACCGUCCACUACAGUGGUACCUACCAGCCCAACGGAAACAGCUAUCUCUCUGUCUACGGUUGGACCCGUAAUGCUCUUAUUGAGUACUACGUCGUCGAAUCCUACGGAAGUUACAACCCGUCUUCGGCUGCCCAAAAGAAAGGAACUGUGAGCUGCGACGGUGCCAGCUACGACGUCCUCUCCACCUGGCGCUACAAUGCUCCUUCCAUCGACGGCACCCAGACCUUCCAGCAAUUCUGGUCUGUCCGAAACCCUAAGAAGAACCCAGGUGGCUCUAUUAGCGGAAGCGUCACUGUUUCUUGUCACUUCAACGCUUGGAGGCAAUUCGGCAUGGCCUUGGGCUCCAGCUUCGACUACCAGAUCGUCGCUACCGAAGGCUACCAAAGCAGUGGAAGCUCGAGCAUUACUGUCUCUUAAGAUGGGCUAAUGGAUGGGUCAGACAACUGGCAUAAUCUCGCGUGACAUUGGAUUUUUAAAGGCGUCCUUACUUGAUGUUGUACGAUAUUUCAUUUCAAACAAUUUGAGACCGAGCACGAUAUCUGCGGGCGG